AUGGCAGAGCUGGCGCUGGCGAUUAUUCCUCUGGGAAUAACAGUUACAUCUGGUCUCACCAAGUAUCUCAAAGCCUUCAACGAUCACGAUGACGACCGCGCUCGGCUUGUGCGUCAGGCCGAACGCUUUGAGAGCACGUUUCAAUCACUUGACGCCGCCCUCAAACGUUCCGAGCUUGACCCAGGGCUCUCUUCGUCAGCAUCAGAGGCUCAUGCUAGUCUCAAAGAAUGUCACAAAGCACUGAAAGAACUGGAAGCCCUUCAACAAAAAGUCUUUGCCACCACUACCAGUGUUGCAUCAACGGCUCCUCACGCGCGUAAAAAAGACAAGAUCAAGGGUGGAUGUAAGAAGCUUAUGUAUCCGCUACAAAAGCCCGAUAUCGAAGUUCUAGAAGGAGCUUUAAAUAGGCUUUCAACGACCCUCAAUCUAGCUCUAGGAAUACUGCAUCUAGAUGGAGAAUCCUUAACCAGAAAGACUUUAAACGAGCAAAUGGUCGAGAUACAGAAAAACACAGUCAUUACUUCUGUUACCUCGACGGCUAUCAACGAACUGCGCCAGCCUAUCUCGAAAAUCGAUUUGGCCCUCCCCGUUCUCCAAACUUCCGUUGAUUCUGUUAUUCCCCAUUUUGACCAUAGGUUCGACCAGAUCUCUUACCAGAUCGCGUACCAGCAUUCCCAAAUGCAGGCUCAAAUCAAGUCUCUUCUCGAUACGGCCGAACUUACAGGAUAUCUGGAUCGCCCAGGAACAAGCCAACAGCGUUUACAAGAUCGCUUUGAAGGACAAGGCAACUGUCUUUCGACCAAUGAGACUGACUGGGAAUUUACAGCGCUUGCCAACAGAGAUCAUCUCGUAUCGAUGUGUUCUUGCCCGUCACGACGCAUGCGUCAUGACACAUGGUUUGGUCAGGGCUCAAUUCAUUUCGCCGAAGAGAUGCUAUCCGAUCACUGUCACGAAAAAGACUGUGUUUUCUUUUUCAUGCCGUCAGGCUACGAAAAGACGCGAACCAUCCGUUUUACAGGCUUUGCUUCUUUCUUUAAAAGGGGGCUUGAAGUGUCUUUCACUACUCGUGCUCGUGCAGGAAAAUUCAGUAUCAGUCCCUCUUUUACUUACUUUCCAGUGGUUGAUGAGAAAGUCGCUCCAGGAUUUUUAGUCAUAUCCCUUCUAAGUCGCGCAAGCAGACUCGAGAACAUGAAUGAGACAAAAUCCAGAAUAAUACUGAGCGCGGUUCAGCGAAAACUUCAAGAAUUGUUUUGCUCGGGGAGAGCAAGUCCUAAUGAUGUAACUCAAGAAAAUUAUACCCUACUUCAUCUCCUAAUCGACUCACUAGGUUUUUGGUUAAAAACUUUACAAGGAGCAAAUUCCCCAUUCGUCCGCUUAACGUUUGAAGGGUUGCUCAAUUUUCUUAUUGCCGCCGGUACAUCUGUCACAGUUCGCAGCCGUUUUGGAGAGAAGGCAACACAUAAAUUCAUCCUAGGGAGCUUUGUUCCUGCCUCUCUAUAUCGCCAUCUGAAUGCUGAGAAUGAAGCAGAAGCGUCCACAUAUUCAUAUUAUCCAUUUUUGCAUGAUAGGCGUGGACUCCUUGAGUAUCACGAUCUUAACCAAAGCGUUGCAAGAAGCUUAGCAAUCAUCCAAAACAAUUUACGAGAAGUGGAGCGGAUCAUCUCCUUAUAUCCGAACAUGCUUGGAGAGCUAAGUUAUUAUAAGGAGACGCCGUUACACAUAGCCAUUGAUAGGCCAGAUAUCUUGAGAGUGCUUGCCAAGAAAGCAAAGCCCGAAGACUGGAUUCGACGCAGCCUCGAUGACGCGACUUCUCUUAACCUUGCAAUUCAAGCCAGUCGUGAGAUUUGUCACUCAGGGGAUGUUUUGGAUGAAUCAUGUUGUCCAUGCACAUUACCGCUUCGGAUCAUUUUAUCUGCUGGCUGCCCCAUCAUACCUUACCGAGAUUUUCGUUGCUCCAUGUUCUCACCUUCACCAAAAGAAUCCUUCUUUGAAUCUUCUACUCAUUGUAAAAUACUUCUGACGAAGGAGCUGCGAAACCGCCGUCGGCAACUGCGAGACUUGGCCAAAAGCAAGCUCUCAAUUACCGAGUUCAGCAGAUUUGCAACUCUGGAGGAAGUACCCGAUGUUGAAGCCAUCGGCAUGGAUAGUUUACUCCGCCAAAAGGACAUUCUGGGUCAGGGACCCCUCUCAAGUUUUGUGGAUGGGGACCUGCCUCCACAUCCUCAGCAGGAUGUCAGAUACUGUUCCAGGUCAAUAUUCUUUGACCUGAAGAGCCCUGAAGAUGCAGAUUUGUUCGUUGACUCUGGCUUCAACAUGUUAUGCGCUAAUCGAGAUCAUGAUUCUUCAUUGGAUAGAAUGCUUUUUGCCAAAAUCAGCCCAGAUAGGCGAUUCAUUUCACUAGACUACGCAAUAUGGCUCUUUGAACAUCAAGCUCCGUUAUGGAAAUGGAGCUACAGGUUCACUAACCCGAUGCCUUCGGCUUUCGUUCUUGCCGACAUUCUCGGCAUACAGGACUAUAAAUGUUCUGGUCAAGAAAAUUCAGGUGACAAGGCAGAACAUUAUCUGGGCGAAUCGAUUUUAGUCGAUGACUGCACUUGUUUAUGUUCACCUCGCGGCUGUACCCCUUUCGCCUCGAGGAUGAAGUGGCUCGCACAUUCCCAUGAUGAGCCACAAGACCAUACACCUCAGGAUAUUGCAACGAAGUUCGGUUGUUACGUGGAAACAUAUGGCGACCGUCUGGAUUUAAAGCAUCACCUCAUCAUGGUGCGACAAGCAACAUUUGCUGCGCUAGAACUAAAGCAUACGUGCUUGGAUAGGCCUGCAUAUAGUAAUUGUCCGGGUUAUCACCGUUGGAUAUACUUGCUCGACCCAGUGACAGAAUUGGAGCCAGAUGAGAUGGAGUUCGAGACUUUGAAUGUGCAUGUGGAGGCAAAAAAUCAGUUGGAGAGCGUGGUCACCAUGUUUCAGGAUUUUUUGUUAAGCGGAGACCAAAUGACCGUUUCAAGCAAGGAAAAGAGUUUUGAUAUUGAUCAUUCAGUAUCUAAUAAUCAGAGCGUCGUUGGCGUAGCCGACCUCUACUGCCAGAGGGCUUUGGAAUUCUGGAAGCACAUUUGGGAAAACAGGAUUCAGGAUGCUUUGGAGGCUGUAGCCAAAGGAUGGGACAACAGGCUCAAUGGGGAGAAUGAUCUCGUGCAAAUUUCGACUUGCGAGGAGGCAAUGCAAGAGGCAGAGAAUAGCUCUGGGGAGGAGAAUGAUGAGGUAAUCUUUAACGGAAUUAUACAACAGAUUCAGGAUAUCUAA